AUGUAUAGCAAAUAUGGAAAUAUCCACCGCCAGCUGAGAGCGCUCACCAUUCUCGACUUCCUGAUUCAAAACACCGGGGAGCGGUUUCUGCGCGAGUUUGCAGAUGAACCGUUGUUAGAACGACUGCGAAUUGCUGCUACCGAUCCCGUGUCUGAUCCGUUAGUGAAGGAAAAAUGCAAGCAACUCUUUGGUCAAUGGGCAGCGUCUUACAAAAACACCCCGGGCAUGGAACGGGUAACGGCGCUCUAUAGACAACUUCCCAAGCGCAAGAAGCCAGCCAGUCAGGCUAAAGCCAAAGUCCUUCGAGACGCUGAGCCUCCCAAAGAACAACAACCACUAGGCCACACUGUGUCUAUUUCAGCCGGGAACGGACCAUCCAUGGUUGUCGGCGGUGGAUCCAAGCACAAGAACAAGAAGCAGGAAAGGAAAGAAAAAGAGAAGCAAGAAAAGCUAGCUCAAAAAGAAAAGAGGAAGAGCCUGGGCACUUUCCGCUCCUUCAGCCUGGAACGCGAGAAACCGCAAAUGAUCCAAACCCUCGCCAACUCUUCAGUCGCCAGCACAAACCUCCUCAACGCCCUCAAACUCGUCAACCGCGAGACCCAGCGCGUCAGCGAAGACAUCGAAGUCAUGAACCGCGUCGACACAUGCAGACAACUCCGCCGCCAGAUUCUCCGCUACAUCCAAUACGUCGAAACUGAGGAAUUCCUCGGCGGUCUCAUCCACGCAAACGAAGAACUCGUGACCGCCCUAAUGGCGUUCGAAGUCCUCGACAAGAGCGUCGACUACGACAGCGACAGCGACCAAGACGUCCUUGUAUCAGGCUGGACACCACGAGACGACGAUUUCGACGAGAGCUUCGCGGGCCUCAGCAUCAACCCGCCCAAGCCACCCCGUCCUGCUCGUCCGGUGAGUCUGCCGGUUUUGCCUUCUGCUUCGCGGCAGCAGGAUAAUGGCAAGGGCAAGGGCGUUUUUGAUGACAGUGAGAGUGAGUCGGAGACGGAGUCGGACGAUGAAGACGAUGAUGAGAACAAUCCGUUCGGUGAUCGGAAUGCUAUCCCGCCGGCUUCUGUUGAUGCCGCUGGACGUACUUGGAGAGAAGUCUAG